AUGCCAAAGAUUGGUGAAAAAGUUACGUGCUUGGCCCCGGAGGAAGCCGGAGUUCCAUAUCCCGAGGGCCUGCGAGUCAUGGCCAUCGACGGCGACCGUGCUUGUCUCAUGAUUCUUGUCACUGUGCUAAAGAAGUGCCAGUAUGAAGUUACAGCACAAGAAAAAGCGACCGAAGCCUUAGAAAUGCUGAGAGAGAAUAAAGACAAGUAUGACAUAGUUGUCACUGCCGUUGUAGGGCUCGACAUGGACGGUUUCAAUCUCCUGGAGAUCAUUGGCCUCGAAAUGGACAUACCAGUCAUUAUGGUAUCGGCGAGCGAUGAUCAGAAGAUCAUAAUGAAGGCUAUAUUACAUGGGGCUCGGGACUUCCUAAUGAAGCCGGUUAGGAUUCAAGAACUCAAAAACAUUUGGCAGCAUGUGCUACGGAAACAAUUAUGCAAACAAGAAAAAUCUAAGCUCGUAGUCGAAAAAACAGCUGCACAAUCAACAGGGACGAAGCGACCGGUACUCACGGACGAAGUAGCAGAUGCUAAGGAUGAAAGCAAUUGCCAAGCUGACAACAAUGCUUCAGUUCGUAAGAGAACAAGGGUCAGUUGGUCCACCGAGCUUCACCUCAAUUUCGUUAAUGCAGUUCAGCAGCUAGGAAUCAACUCAGCAUAUCCGAAACAAAUACUGGAAAUUAUGAAUGUACCGGGACUCACUAGAGAAAAUGUUGCAAGUCAUCUUCAGAAGUACAGAAAUAUGCUGAAGAAGCACAAUGCAGCUCUGAACCAAGAGACCCCAAGCGAAACCGAUUCGAGCCUAAACACUAGGCGUGGCCGCUACCGAAAGAACGACAUUGCCUACAGAGUAGGAAGUGCUCGGCCGCCUCUCGACAUCAACCAAGUCAACGACUACGCUAUCACAUCCAAAAUGCUAAUGAAUAACCUCUCAGGCAUUAAUCAGAACUUUCUUCCGAGUCAUCACAAUGCUCUUCAAGUGCACAUACCGCAUCAGCAUCAGCAUCUUAUCAAUCAAGUGCGGCAUGUGCAGACUCCUUGGCUUGAGCACCAACCUUCAGCUAAUUUUUUUCCUAUGAUCAAUCAAGUCGCCGUGCCCGAGUUUCAAUUUGGACAUAUGCAGCCGGAGAAUCAGACAGGAAGUCACUCUCAGCAGUUUCAAUCACAGAUUCCCCGGAUAGGAGGCAGCUUCAGCAGCAGGCCAAUUAAUCAUCCUCAUGCGAUCCCGACUGACAGAGGGACAAGUACUUGCUGUCAGGGAAAUGGCGAAAGUUCUAGCUUGAGGAAUCAGAUUGCUUGUGGCGGAAGCAACGGGAGAAAUCUGUCGUCAGUACGAUCAUUAGAAAGUGACAAUGCCAAGCUUGAGCAUCAAUUGCUUGAAAAAUCAGAAGAAGGAAGAGAUAUCUGCCACCACAAGUUCAGUUUCCUUGAUGAUGAGCUUACUGUCAUGAUCAACCAGUUUAAUGUUGAUGGAGCUCCGAAGCUAUAA